AUGUGUGAAAAGCAAAAUGGAUGUUUCUUUUUUUCAGUAUGUGGUGAUAUUCGUGUUACAUUGUUGGAAUUAAAGCGGGGUUUUCAUGCUCCCACGUUAUCGUCCUGUGAAAUAAGCCUUGGCUCAGUCAUAUAUGCUCCAAUGCACUUUUUAGUCAAUACCUCCGCAACAACCGCAAUACAAUUUCCUAAUCUUCGUGAGAUUCAUGGCUAUAUGCUAUUAGGUUAUUCAUCUAUGCAUUCAUUUUCGUCAAUGUUUCCUCGCCUAUCAAUUAUUCAUGGAAAAGAUUUAUAUCAUGGUUAUUCAUUGAUUGUGAUGGACAAUGUUUUCCUAGAAGAUUUUGGUUUAACAUCAUUAAUUAACAUACGUCAAGGAAACGUAAUUAUAGCUCGAAAUGCUCGGUUAUGCUAUGCAGAAUCCUUACGUUGGAAUGAUAUCAUGGAAGCAAAAAAGACACAGGUGAUAUCGAGACAAAAUCGCGAUAAUUGCGCUUUUUGUCCAACAUGUCCAUCGGCAUGUUGGUCACCAACGCAAUGUCAACAAAGGUGUUCACCUAACUGCCAAGGAAAUUGUUUAUCAGAAACAGUUUGCUGCCCUGAGCAAUGUGUCGGAGGAUGUCACUAUAGCAAUAUAACAGUUACGUCAAGUUUAAUAUGUAAUGCUUGCCGAAAUAUGAGAAUUUAUGCAACUGGAUUAUGUGUUGAAAAGUGUGCUGACAACAUGUUGAAAGCUGGCGGUUCAUUAUGUAUCACUCAUCAAGAAUGUACGUCGUUCUUCUUGGGUACUGGUUUUAUAUUAGAUGAAAUCAAUGAAUGUGUUCUAUCUUGUCCACCUGGUUUUACUCGUAUGCCACGUUCACGUUGUAUUCGUUGUAUUUCUUCUCCGGCAAAUAAUUACUGUCACGGUGCAUGUAAAGAAAGGCAUAUUAGAUCCAUAGGAGAUUUUCGAUCAUUAAAAUAUUGUUCACGUGUGCAUACAUUAAACAUUUACAAUAUUGAAACUGUUGAUGCGAGAAAAA